CCCUGGACAGCUCUGGAGACAGAAGGGCUGUUUUUCUAGAGCAGGUUGCCUCCGUGCCACUCCCACCUGCUACAAUGAGUGGGAAGUCCCUGCUCCUAAAGGUCAUUCUCCUUGGGGAUGGUGGAGUCGGGAAGAGCUCCCUCAUGAACCGCUAUGUCACCAACAAGUUCGACUCGCAGGCUUUCCACACCAUCGGGGUGGAGUUCUUGAACCGGGACCUGGAGGUGGACGGGCGCUUCGUGACGCUCCAGAUUUGGGACACUGCAGGGCAGGAGAGAUUCAAGAGCCUGCGGACCCCCUUUUACCGGGGGGCAGACUGCUGCCUGCUGACCUUCAGCGUGGACGACCGGCAGAGCUUCGAGAACCUCAGCACUUGGCAGCAGGAGUUUGUCUAUUACGCCGAUGUGAAGGACCCCGAGCACUUCCCGUUUGUGGUUCUUGGCAACAAGAUAGACAAACUCGAAAGGCAAGUGAGCACAGAGGAGGCGCAGAUCUGGUGCCUGGAAAACGGGAACUAUCCGUACCUGGAGACCAGCGCCAAGGAUGACACCAAUGUGGCCGUGGCCUUCGAGGAAGCCGUGAGGCAAGUGCUGGCAGUAGAGGAGCAGCUGGAGCACUGUAUGCUGGGCCAUACUGUUGACCUGCACUCCAGCUCCAAAUCCGGGUCCUCCUGUUGUUAAGAGCAGCUGCUGCUUGAAGAAAUUCCCUCGAACCAGCAGUUGGAGCGGGAAAAGCACGAGCAGCUCUGGGCACUCU